AUGAAGCAACAUGAGAAGACCGUGCACGUUGGCCUGGAGAAAUUCUCCGGUUGGCAAAUUGAGUAUGCUACGUGGAAGGACAAGCUACUCACGUACGUGGCGAAGUUAGACCUGGACGUUGAGAAUGAGCUCUUCGAGAAAGGUCUUCCUGAACCAAAAGUUGGCAUGAGGGACUUCCUCGAGUCAACGCCACCACAUCUUUUGGAUGAGGACGUCAAGGCAGCUCCAGAGGAAGAGCCGAAAGCUAUGCGGAGAGAGAUCAUGUGUGGCGAAAGGCGGAUGCUGCCAUGCGCCAUGUUCUCAACACGACUCUACCGAACUCGUUUCUGUCGUCCUUGCCAGAAGACGUUAGAAACUUGGAGGUGUGUGUGAUUUGUAAACACCUUGAGCGCAAGUUUGGGCUCGGUGACGCUGGUGGAUUGGUGUCGCAGACAAACCGGUGGAAUCGAAUUCUCAGCUCGAAUUGGAGGGACACCAUAGUAGUUGACAGAUACUGGUUUCAUAGCCAUUUUUUUUUCACAGCACGUAGAUAGUACGCUGAGGACUGUCUAUACCAUUACGUACCCUGAAUGCACUUUUUCUUAACUUUCUCUGUACAAGGGAUAGAGCACCAAUCUAUAUGCUAAUAUUGAAAUGGAGAAUUUCCCGAUUUUUG